GCGGUGCACGCCGGGGCGGCUGCUGGCCAUGGCCGGCCUGUCAGACCCGGAGCUGCGGCGAGAGCUGCAGGCCCUGGGCUUCCAGCCAGGACCCAUCACCGACACCACCCGGGACGUCUACCGCAAAAAGCUGCGCCACCUGCGGGGCGAGGUCCGGCUGCGCGAGGAGGCCCGGCCGCGGGGCGAGGAGCGGCUGCGGGCGGAGGCCCCGCUGCGCGCCCGGCCCGCCUCGGCCGCUCUGCGGGCGGAGCCCUGGCCGUCCCCGCCGGCCCCGACCUCGGCUUUCGCGACCGCCGGGGCCUACGGGGACCUCAGGGCGCCCGCGGCCGCCUGGUCCGCCAGCCGCGACCCCGCCUACGCCGCCCGCCCCGCGCCGCUCCGGCGCCGCGCCUCGGUCCGGGGCAGCUCCGAGGAGGACGAGGACGCCCGGACGCCCGACAGGCCUGGCCCCCGCGCCCGUCGCUGGUGGGCCCCGGCCCGGCCGCCCCCCGCCCUCGGCCCCGACCCGCGCCCCGGCCUGCGGGCGACCCGAGCGGGCGCAGCGGGCGCGGCGCAGGCCCGGCCCGAGGCGGGGCGGCGGCUGGAGCGCUGCCUGUCCCGGCUGCUGCUCUGGGCGAGCCUGGGGCUGCUCGUCGUCUUCCUGGGCAUCCUCUGGGCGAAGAUGGGCCGGCCCUCGGCGCCGCGGGAGGCGGAGGACCACAUGAAAUUGUUGCCAGUGGACUGCGAGAGGAAAAACGAUGAGUUCUGUCAGGCCAAGCAGAAGGCGGCCUUGCUGGAGCUGCUGCACGAACUCUACAACUUCCUGGCCAUCCAAGCCGGUAACUUUGAAUGUGGAAACCCAGAGAAGCUAAAAAGCAAGUGCAUCCCUGUAGCGGAAGCCCAGGAAUAUGUAGCAAAUGUGACCGGCAGCUCCGCCGCCAAGUUUGAAGCCGCACUGACCUGGAUCCUAAGCAGCAACAAGGACGUGGGCAUCUGUUUGAAAGGGGAAGACCCAUCUGAACUGGUGACAACCGUGGACAAGGUGGUCUGCUUGGAAUCCGCCCGCCCCCGCAUGGGUGUGGGCUGCCGCCUGAGCCGGGCCCUGCUCACCGCCGUCACCCACGUGCUCAUCUUCUUCUGGUGCUUGGCCUUUUUGUGGGGACUCCUGAUCUUCCUGAAAUAUCGGUGGCGCAAGUUAGAAGAGGAGGAGCAGGCCAUGUAUGAGAUGGUGAAGAAGAUUAUAGAUGUGGUCCAGGACCACUACGUGGACUGGGAGCAGGACAUGGAGCGCUACCCGUACGUGGGCAUCCUGCACGUGCGCGACACACUCAUCCCUCCGCAGAGCCGGAGGCGCAUGAAGCGGGUCUGGGACCGCGCUGUGGAGUUCCUGGCCUCCAACGAAUCCCGGAUCCAGACGGAGUCCCACCGCGUGGCUGGCGAGGAUAUGCUGGUGUGGAGAUGGACUAAGCCCUCUUUCUUCUCCGACUCUGAGCGAUAAAGCUCGCGGGGCCUUGUCCCCUCCGGGGCUCGAGAGGGCCACCGACCUGCUGGUGCUGAAUUCACACUUGCCUUGACUUUCACCUCCUGACCCUCGUCCAAAGGUCUGCAAGACUCCAGAGCGUCGCUUGUAGAAAGCCGAGCUUCCCUGGAAGGUGGAGGAGAACGGGGGGUGGAGGGGUCGCUGGUCCUCUGCGUUGGCCCAUCCUCUGCGGGCAGAAAAGUGGAGAAAGGUUUGUCGUUCGUGAAUAGAAGAGAAGCAGCGGCUGAGACCCUGGCGAGCACGCGGGGGCUGGGCGUGGACGCUGGGCAGGGGCAGGGGCUGGGCUGGUGGGCUGGGGCGGCAGGGCCGGGAGCAGCCGUCCAUGUGCCUUCAGGGUUCCCUGGGAGCUCUAGCCGGGUGGGGCCUCGCCUGAGGGGAGGGCCUAUAGGAGAAGUCCAGAAAUGUCAGGUGUGAGCUGCUGCUGUGGCCUCGGGGAGGAGCCUGGCGUGGUCACAGGGCUGAGGGGAGGAGGUGGGCUGCCACCAGCCACCAUCUCCGCGGCCCGCCUUCACUGGGGCCUGUCACAGAAGACGAGGUUUUGUAGACCCGGCCUGCAGCCAGGCACCGCAUCCGCCCAGGGUGCCUCGCACUUCCAGUGUGGGGAGAUCUUGUUUACAGCGACCACAGCCUCCCCACCCAGGCCUGGGGAGCCAGGACCUGCAGCACGUGAGGCGCGGGGCCGUACCACUGCCCCUCUGGCCACAGGGAGCCUGCCUGCCGCUCCUCAGACCCUCGUGGCUGCCGGCUCAGCAGUGGCCUGGGGGUGGCGAGUCUCCAGAAACAGGCCGGAGGCGCCUUACUAAGUGCAAGAGCCUCUCCAACGAAGUCGCAUCCCCAAAUGUUCGCAUCUGCAGCAGGUGGGCAGGUGGGGAGACGCAGCAGCUGCCUCCAAAAGGCAUUAGCCACCCCUGCUGGUCUUACUGGUAUUUUGUUUCUUAAUAAAGCUCUGGUCUCCCUCCUU